UGUACAGUGGCAACGCGGUGCUGAUGAUAAAUACAAGCAUCUUUCGUCCCACGACCCCAACGUCCUCGCUCCAUACAAAGACCAACAAAUUUUUAAUCACCCCAGUCAAGUUGGCAGAACAUGUCCAAUUCAUCCAUGUCCAAUUUUUUGAAACAGCAAUUUAGUAUUUGCCCCACCAACGGCUGUCAAGCCGUUGGAGAUGGGGCUUUCUCUGCUGACAUGACUCCUAGUGUGCUUGCCGUUUGCCACAUGCAGGGCACGGACGACAUGUACUACUACUCUACUGCGUUCUCUGGCGGACCCGGAGUAAGUCAUCGUGGCGGGUUUGACAUCCCUAAUGCUAAAUGCCCUCCUGACAGAGGGUCGUCAGACUGUGUGACAGGCAGUCCGGCGUCUUCAAUUUCCUCUUCUUCUUUCUCGCAUUACUCAUCGUCUUCCAACACAUCCAAUAAUUCACUUGUGCAUCCGUCUUACUCGCCUUAUCAAUCUGCGGUUCCGCCUCGCGAUAUUCCUACCAGAGCAUCUUCGCCCUACGACAUUGCCACCCCACCCUUGACACCAGAUGACGAUGAAGAUAGUGAUGUCACUGGUAUAACUACCAAGCAUUCCAAGGAUGCUUUGGAUCUUCUUUUGGCCAUCUUUCCUCGUGAUGGAUUGAGCCUUUUGCCUUAUGCUAAGAGCGUCGUCGUCACCGCCCCGAAUAUGGGCACCUCUUUCGACGGUGUCGUGCUUGAUUUCCCUGGAAAGACCAAGACACUUUACGUUGAUGGAAAAAAUGCCCAGGCGGUGUCCCUUCGCGAAAGCAUCGUGGCUCUCCUCGAUUUAGCCGACGAACAACUCCAGUGCUCAGCUUUAAUCAUCGCAUUCAACAAGGUGUCCGACGGCCUGAGCGAACUCUUACAUUCACUCAUGUACGUUGGGGCAAGCGUUGUUACUAAACCACCAUUCCAGGUUGAUCCUGCGUACAUCCUCGUCGGUGUGGAGAUUUAGUUGGAUGGCCAAAGGGAAUGUGGACCAACCUCAUGUAUUAGGAGUGGGCAUGACACACGACCAAAUUGUUUCUUUAUUAUUGUAUGCAAUCAAAUGACUCCUUUCUCUCUCUUAUCUACGCAAAUUUGGGCAUAGUUGGCCUGUCAAAUGCUAUGAGAAUUGCCUCGAGGCGCCUGAAGCUUAUUAUAAA